CUUCACGGCCAACUGACAUAGACACAGUGGUGUGCUGUAUAAAGUUUGGUAACUGGAGUGUCUCGAAAUCUACAUAUAUAUAUAUAUUUGUAUACUGUAAUAAAAAAAAAUGGAAAAAGCGUUCCUUAUUGGUGUGUUCCUGCAUUGCUGCUUAUUCGACUAUGGGCUAGGUUGCGAUCCCAGCGCGUGCAAGGAUCCGGGUAAUUGUGAGUUGGACUUGGUCAGCGGCAACUGCUCGUGUGUAGCCGGCUUCUAUGGAAACGCAUGUGAUCAGCUGCACAUGGAGGUGAUCUGUGAGAAGGACUUGUUUAAAGUGAUGGUGGUGAAGGAGUAUUUUGAGUACAACAAUAUCAGUCUGAGCAUGCUGCACCUGCUGAAUGUGAACUGCACUGCCUUUGAGGAAGAGCUGGAUGGAGUACUGUACUACACAGCUGCCAUGAAUAAUGAGAACUACACCAAGUGUGGCGGGCUGAAACCGCAGGUUAAUAAGACCCAUAUCAUUUAUGCAAAUGUGCUGAGUUCUGGAGUCUGGCCAACAUCGGUUGUAGUGAGGCAACGACGGGUGGACGUGACGUUCCAUUGCGUGUAUCCUUACGACAGGACUGUUAGCCUCCCAAUGCCCAUCCGUCCUUCAAAAAGUGACUCGCUGAUUCGAAUGAACCAGAAAGAGGCCACAGUUGGAAUUGACAUCUACAAGGAUGAUACCUACAAAGAACCUUACACCACCGUGCCCAUCCUGAAGCUCCAAAGCAGUGUCUACAUACAGAUCACAAUCCUCGAGGAUGAUAGCUUCUUCCGGGUCCGUGUUGUUGACUGCUGGGCGUCGCAGUCCUCUGACCCCGCCGCUGGGCUUGUGGGCCCCAAUCAGACUCUCAUCUCAGAUGGGUGCAAAGCAGAUCAAACGCUGAUGUUCCAUAAUACAAAUGGAGGAGACCGCUUGGUCCGGUUCAGCUUUGAAAUGUUCAGAUUUGUGGUCCAUCCCUUUGAGUGGUACCUGCACUGCAGAGUGCGUCUCUGUGUCCCAGCCAGCGAGGAUGCCUGCGUAGCGAUCUGCCGCACUAAGAGACGGAACCAAAGGCACGCUUCAGAGAGCGAGGGCCAGGGACUGCUGUCGUACGGUCCCAUUAAAGUCAAAAUGUCAGAGGACCAAAGACUCGAUCUGCUGUUGGUGGCAGCAUUCCCUGCUGGUGCUGUGGUUCUGAGCAUCGUGUUUCUCUUCAUUCUCAUCGCAAUUGCUAAAGCUGCCAAUAAGAGAGCAUCCCAGCUGACCAUGAAGAUAAAGUCCUUUACAAAUGUUGCAUAAAAAGAGGAAUGACUUUUUUGUUUUUAACUGAAGUAUACUGUUAAGAGACCUAAGAUUUAGUCUCUUGUAAUGCAGAGCAGUCAAUGGGUCAAAUCUUGGAGGGUUAAGUGACUUUGCAAAUUUCAGCUUGUUGGGUUGAAGUCUCUUUUAAAAGAUAAAGAACCAUAUCUGUGUGAAUUCUACUGUUUAAUUGUCACUUCACUAUGUAAUAGGAGAUGGAACGUUUAUUAGCACAACCUUGGUAGGAGAAAUGUGUGUGUAUCUCAAACCACUGUCACUUUUCACUUAAUAAAAUGACUUGGAUCACAUCAAACAAUC